CUAACUGAAAAAGGGCAACACUACGACUAGGGAUGACGACGUGGCAGCUGUUUUCCGAGGCCGGGAAUAAUUUCCGGUGGGAGAUUUCUGUCCUACCGUCUGAAACCAGACCAGAAGAAUCUCGCGGAACCCUAAUUUUACGAGAUGAUCACCCCGAUCCCCGUCUCCCUUCCAUGGCGGAUCUUUUGUUUCAAGGAUCGUCAAAGCUCAUGCAGACCAAAGCCGGAGGCAAUGAUGGUCUUCCGAUGUUCCGCACUGGAUCGGGGAAAUCGGUUGCAGUAAAACAGUCUUCCCUAUUGAAAGCAUUAUCCGUCCUCGGCGAGGAGGAUGCCGCAAGGAAUGGUGAAGUGUGUGCCACAGAAGAUAGGCACUGCUUCUCUAAUUCUCAUUUCCGAACAGGCUCUGGGAAGACAGUGAGUGUAUCUUCUGCUGGUCUCCUCAUAGCGAAGACAUUGCUGGGUUUGGAGGAAAACAAUAAUCACUUCAAUUUUCAAGGUCUUGGAAAUAUAAGGAACUUGCCAACUACUGAUGAAUUGAAUUCUUUUGGGAACUCAUCGAAUUUGGAGAUUAGAGCUGGUUUGCACAAGAACAGGAGUCUAGCUGCUACAUCAGUUCCAAGGGAUCUGGUUCGUUUUCCAACUGAACUGUAUUCAUCAGAAAGUGAUCCACAGAAACAGACAGUUCCUGACCUUCGACUAUCUGUGGGAAGUAAAUCUUCUCCUAUCCCAUCUCCAAUCAAGUUCCAAACUGCAGGUGGAAGAUCUAUUUCUGUUUCUAGUGAUGCAUUGCACCGUGCGAGAUGCCUUCUCGGUGAUGCAGAGUUGGGCAAUUUACCAAAUGAGGGAACUGGAGAUGAUUCACUGUUUUCAAUUUUCAAAGAGAAAACAUUUGGUGAGAUUCCAUUGAACAAAGAAAAUGAUUCUUACGCUCCCUGUUUGCAGCAAAAUGCUCAUGCAUCAAAAACCUUCCGAUCCCCUAUGGGUCUGAUUUCAAGCCAAAAGCAGUCAAUAGCUUCGGCAGAGGACAACAAUUCUGGGAGUAACUCACCAAAGAAAGUUGGUUCAAAUAGCUUCAUACAUGAGGAAACAUUUACAACAACCAGUAAUAUAUUUAGUAAGCAAAAAUCUUCAAAAAGUGAAGAUUCUGAGCCUUUUGUGCCUGUUAAACAUCCAUUGGGAAAGGAUAGUUGCUCAAGAAUGUCUCCACUAGCAAGGUCUUUGGGCAGGCCAUUGGUUGAUAUUUCGAACAACAUUGGCCAUGCUAAUUCAAAUCAGAAGCAUACUCCUUGUGAAAAGAAGAGAUUUGGAAGGAAAAGCUCUAUAUCUCCAUUCAAAAGGCCGCGCAACUCCCGGUUCAUCACUCCAUUGACCAGCACAAUUUCUCUUCUUCCUACUGGUCCAGCUGCAUUGAAAAUGUCUGAAGGUUCAUGUUACAAAAUGAAGGUUUCCACUCGGUAUCCAUUUGAGGCUGAAAGAAAGACUGUAAAAGAAUUUUUCCGGGGGCCCCCUUGCUACCAAAAGUUGUUAGAGCAUGUGCCCGAUCAGGUAAAGUUCAUGAAUGCAGAUAGCGCAGAAAAGUAUAUGUUCUGUGACAAAUCUGGCUCAGAUGUGACUGGAAGAGAGGCUUUUCAUCACAUGCUGUCAAAAUCUGGAGCUUCCACGCUUAAUGCUUCCAAAGAGUGGGUUGCAAAUCAUUACAAGUGGAUAGUUUGGAAACUGGCAUGUUAUGAAAGAUGUUAUCCUGUUGAAGCUUCUGGUAGAUAUUUAACUGUGUCCAAUGUCAUUGAGGAACUGAAAUACAGGUAUGAGAGAGAAGUAAAUCAUGGUCAUAGAUCUGCAGUCAAAAGAAUUGUGGAAGGGGAUGCAUCACCUGCUUCAAUGAUGGUACUGUGCAUUUCAGCCAUUCGUUCCUACCCUGAACCUAAGCUUGAGACAAGACAUCCUAUGCCUUCACAUGAAGAUGCUAAAAAGAUUAGUGGCUCAAAUUGGUUUGAGAACAGUAAUGUUGGAAAAGUAGAGCUGACGGAUGGGUGGUACUCAUUGGAUGCCCUUUUGGAUGUCCCAUUGUCAAAACAGCUUCUUGCUGGAAAAUUGUUUGUGGGUCAGAAACUUCGGGUUUGGGGAGCAGGUUUGUCUGGCUGGGCUGGACCAAUUUCACCCCUUGAGGGUUCUACGGAAGUUCAUUUACUGUGCCACAUAAAUGGGACAUAUAGAGCAUGUUGGGCAGAUCGUUUGGGGUUCUGCAAGGGUCUAGGCUCCCCAUUGGCUUUUAGGUGCAUCAAGGGUGGUGGUGGUAUGGUCCCUAGGACAUUAGUUGGAGUCACACGAAUCUACCCAGUUCUUUACAAGGAGAGGUUAAAUAAUGGAGGUUCUGUUGUGAGGUCUGAAAAGAUGGAGGCUAAAAUGGUCCAAUUGUACAACCAGAGGCGCUCUAUGAUUGCAGAGGGUGUCAUGUCAGAGUUUCAAAAGGAUAUCGAUUGUCCUCAUCGUAAAAGCGAAGACAGUGAGGAGGGGGCUAAAAUCCUUAAGAUCCUUGAGACAGCUGCUGAACCAGAAGUUCUGAUGGCAGCAAUGAGUUCAGAGCAGCUAACUUAUUUUGCUACUUAUCAGGCAAAACAAGAGGCAAUGAGGCAGUCAGAUAUGCAGAAAAAGAUUGAGAAAGCUAUCGAAAAUGCAGGCCUUAGUGGGAGAGAUGUCACCCCAUUUCUGAGAGUGAGAGUGGUUGGGCUAACUAGUAAAUAUUGCCAUAGGAAAGGUUGCAUGAGGGACGGCUUGAUAACAAUAUGGAACCCAACUGGGAGGCAGCAGUCUGAGCUUGCCGAGGGGCAGGCAUAUACUGUCACAGGGCUCAAGGCACUAAACUCUGAUUCAGAUACAAUUUAUUUACAUGCAAGGGGAUCUACUACUUCAUGGCAACCUUUAUCUCCCUUAGCAACUGAAUGUUUUGAACCAUUUUUCACUCCUCGCAAAUCAGUCUCAUUGUCAAAUUUGGGUGAAGUUCCUCUGGCAAGAGAGUUUGAUAUUGCUGCUGUUGUUGUCUAUGUUGGGGAAGUUUAUACAUCUGGUCACCAGAAGAGGCAAUGGGUGUUUGUGACCGAUGGCUCCAUAUCAGGCCCCGAGCUUCAUUCGGAAGGAUCUGCAGAUUGUUUGCUUGCUGUUAGCUUCUGCUUGCCAGAUACCGAUAAUGAUUCAUCUGCACUAAUCAACCGUAACCUUGAAGGAUCCACUGUUGGCUUCUGUAACCUAGUCAAGCGAUCACGUGACAAGAUGAAUCACCUUUGGGUAGCAGAGGCAACAGAGAAUUCUACUUACUUGACCUCUUAUGACUUUCCUGGCUGUUCUCAUCUCAAAGAAGCUGCCAGCUGCGCUCGCAAAUGGGCAAAAAUCUCUUAUUUGACCAUUCAGAAACUCCGGGAGAGGGUUUUAAUCAUUAUUGGUGGAUGUGACAGCUAGGAUGUUGUGGGAAUGUAUCUGUAUUAAGUAUCAAGAUUGAAGAUUUCUUGCUGCUGGAAUUUGGCAUGGAUGCACUGCUAUGGUUCCAAAACUCUGAUUUUUGACUUUUGAGGGGGCCACACAUUAUGUUCAGUAGGGCUCAACAUCUUCAAUGCUUUGGGGAGAACAGCAUCUUCAUUGUUAUGAGUACUUAGCCAUAGGCCGCUGCUGCUCAAAAAAUAUGAGCUGUUUAUGUGAAUGAAGUCAUCUGGAGGUGCCUUUCCUAUCAACCGAAAAU